GCGAGAAGGAUGCUGUGUAGUAAGUGCAGGGGGAGGAGGGGGAGGACGGCGCAGCUCCGCUACUACGUCAGUGUGCAUCACAGGGCACACAGGACCUUCUCGUUUCAACUACUCGGGGUGACUCCCUGCACAGAAUUAGGACCCGGUCACCAUCAAAAAGGAUCCGGUUUCCCAGCGCACUCUGACCGAAGUGGAGCCGGGAGCUGUCCGUGGUGCUGAAUUCAUCAGCAACAAGAGAUUCCUUUCGCACACUCAUGUGCUUGGGCCCUUCCUGAAACCUUUUAUUGUGUAGCAACCAACAAGCCACCUUAAGUCAAAGAUGGAUGAUGACGGGCGCUACAGGGACAGCCGCUCAGACUUCAUCCGCGGCGCCAAGGACAUUGCCAAAGUGGCCAAGAAGCAGGUGGGCAAGAAGGUGGGCCGCGGCGUGGACAAAAUGACAGACGAGUACACCAGGCGCUCCUACAAGCGCUUCGAGGAGGAAGACGAUGACGACGACUACGCCGGCGUGCCGAGCAACGACGGCGGAUACUAUCGCAACGACAGCCGGGCCAACGACGACGAAGGUCACAGUGACUCUACUGAAGGUCACGACGAGGACGAUGAGAUUUACGAAGGCGAGUACCAGGGCAUCCCGAGAGCCGAGUCGGGCAAGGCCGCCGGCCUGGACGGGGCGACGGCCGCCCAGGCGCAGCAGUUCAGGGAUCUGUCGGCCUCCGAGGGCGAGAGGAGGAAAGACCGGGAGGAGCUGGCGCAGCAGUACGAGACCAUCCUGCAGGAGUGUGGCCACGGCAAGUUCCAGUGGACGCUCUACUUUGUCCUGGGGCUGGCACUGAUGGCGGACGGGGUGGAGAUCUUUGUGGUGGGCUUCGUGCUGCCCAGUGCAGAGAAGGACAUGUGUCUGUCUGAGCCCAAUAAGGGAAUGCUAGGGCUGAUCGUGUACCUGGGCAUGAUGGUCGGGGCCUUCGUUUGGGGCGGCCUGGCCGACCGGAUCGGCCGGCGCCAGACCCUCCUCAUCUCCCUCUCCAUCAACAGCGUGUUCGCCUUCUUCUCGUCCUUCGUCCAGGGCUACGUGUCCUUCCUCUUCUGCCGCCUGGCCUCUGGCGUGGGCAUCGGGGGCUCCAUCCCUAUCGUGUUUUCCUAUUACUCUGAGUUCCUGGCCCAGGAGAAGCGAGGAGAGCAUCUGAGCUGGCUCUGCAUGUUCUGGAUGAUCGGGGGCAUCUACGCCUCUGCCAUGGCCUGGGCCAUCAUCCCCCACUACGGCUGGAGUUUCCAGAUGGGCUCCGCCUACCAGUUCCACAGCUGGCGCGUCUUCGUCCUGGUGUGUGCCUUCCCCUCCGUGGCGGCCAUCUCCGCCCUCACCACGAUGCCUGAGAGCCCGCGCUUCUACCUGGAGAACGGGAAGCACGACGAGGCCUGGAUGAUUCUGAAGCAGGUUCACGACACCAACAUGAGGGCCAAGGGCUACCCGGAGAGGGUGUUCCCUGUGACCACCAUCAAAACCAUGAAGCAGAUGGAUGAACUGGUGAACAUGGGCGACGGCGCCGCCUGGCACGAGAAGUGGAGGAUCAAGCUCACCACGCUUUUCCACCAGGUGUGGAAUAAUUUCCAGACCGUCUUCUCCCCUGAGUAUCGCCGCACCACCUACAUGAUGAUGGCCGUGUGGUUCUCGAUGUCCUUCAGCUACUACGGCCUGACUGUGUGGUUCCCGGACAUGAUCAAGUACCUGCAGAAGCAGGAGUACUCGUCACGCACCAAGGUUUUUGUCAAGGAGAAAGUAGAACAUGUGACCUUCAACUUCACUCUGGAAAACCAGGUUCACCGCCAAGGAGAGUACUUCAACGACAAGUUUAUGAACUUGAAAAUGAAGUCGAUGGUGUUUGAGGACUCUCUGUUUGAGGAGUGCUACUUUGAAGACAUCAUUUCCAGCAACACCUUCUUUAAGAAUUGCACCUUCAUUGCCACCCUCUUCUACAACACCGAUCUCUUCAAGUACAGGUUGAUCAACUGCAGGCUCAUCAACAGCACCUUUCUGCACAACAAAGAGGGCUGCCUGCUCAGCGACAUCAGUGACGAGAACAAUGCCUACAUGGUCUACUUUGUGAGUUUCCUGGGCACCUUGGCUGUGUUGCCAGGCAACAUAGUCUCUGCGCUGCUCAUGGACAAGAUCGGGCGGCUGAGGAUGCUAGCCGGCUCCAGCGUGAUCUCCUGCGUCAGCUGUUUCUUCCUGUCAUUUGGCAACAGCGAGUCAGCCAUGAUUGCUCUGCUCUGCUUGUUCGGGGGAAUCAGCAUUGCCUCCUGGAAUGCCCUGGACGUGCUGACCGUGGAGCUCUACCCCUCUGACAAGAGGACCACGGCGUUCGGCUUCCUCAACGCCCUGUGUAAACUAGCGGCCGUGCUGGGCAUUAGCAUCUUCACGUCCUUCGUCGGCAUAACCAAGGCGGUGCCCAUCCUCUUCGCCUCGGGGGCGCUGGCUGCCGGCAGUUUCCUGGCCCUCAAACUACCAGAGACUCGAGGUCAGGUGCUGCAGUAGUGCGGCGCAGGUAACGUUCCAGCGGGCGGAGGAGUUCUGGCUGCACUGUGAAUGAAGAGCUGGAGAGCCCAUCACAUCCUCCCCUCUGACCCCCACCCACCUCCACAGCCAUCACACAGUGCAGAGAGGCUCGCUGGUUAUUAUUGGAACUGUGCAGUCACAAAACCUGCAGCUGACUCUAAAUAUGUGAUUUGACUUUACAUUUUCACCCAGAGUGGGUUAUUGUUGGGUUAUGAUCAGUCCUCCUGUAUUAAGACAAACACACAUCUGGGGUUGGAGGUCAGGCCGCGGGCACUUUUGAUAAUGAGCCAUGCAAAUAGACUUAAAGAAAUGACCACUAGCCAUUGUUCUACGUUCUAUGUAGUCAUCUUCAUUCCUCUGACUCUUUGGACAUGGAUUAAAAACGCAGUCUUUAUGUUAAAGCUGUUUUGACUGCGGGCUAAAGCCAAGACGCAUCCUUCUUGGCUUUUUCCCUCCAACAUCCCUUCUCACCCGGUGGCUUGUGUUGGUGCACAGACUUACUGCCAUUUUAUAGAUCAUAGAACAUUCCUGGCUUUAGUUUCUUGCGAACGGGACAUUUUCCCUUUAAAACACCUCCGCUGAGUCAUGAGACCACUCACAUCACAGAUAGGUAUGAUGUGCCGCUAAUGUGCGGUGGCAUCUAAUCACGGUGAUGAAGCUGCUUGUUAAAGUGUAUAUAUGAAGCACAACAUUUGUGUGAAUGUCCCUCAACAUUUUCUGAAUGAAAAUGUUCUGAACCUCACAUUCAUUCAUCAUUUUUAACCAUACUCCAUGUCCCUUUGUAAGAAAUGCCUUUUUAGUACCUGUCUCCCAGUCUAUGAAAUAUGUUUUAGAGGGUGUUAUGCAUGUCACACAGUAUGUAUGUAGUUUUAUGAAAAUGAAGAGUACAACAUGUAAACAGCAUUCUGGAGAUUUUUAACCAUUCAAUGCAGCACAACAUGAGUUUAAAAUAAAAACAUUUCUUUGUUCAUUAAGUCCAUUAAAUCGCAAAUAUCCAGCAAAUCCAGAAGUUAAUAUACACAAAAUCAGGCGCAAAGUGUGAUAAGAGUAAGAGAACCGACUGAUAAAUUGCUAGCAUGACAUGAAUGUGUUUAUUACGGAGCAAUAUUGAACUUCUGUGCAAUACUGAAAUGUUAUAAGUUUGCUUUUUUGAGAUUUGACGUUUAAUUGGUUGAACAGGUUUGAACACUUCAGAGCUCACCAUUGCAAAUAGCUGAUCUAAACUAAAUAUGUGCUGUAGUUCUUGCUACCAUUAAUUGGGAGCAUUUCUUUGUUGGGGCACAUGAUGGUGAGGAUUACUUGCAGCUUAAGCUAAAACUAAACAUUAAGCUAAUGAGGAAAGGAAGUUGAAUUGCACGGGGACCUUGUGUUUAUUAUAUACCGGUAGCUGGCUUCACCAUGGGAUUAUAGAACUCACUGCCAAGGGCUGAUUGUCAUAUAUCUCAGCACAGUGUCAGAAGAAAUAUCACCAUAUUCCCCAGAUCUAGAAAAGGGGGAAUGAGUGUUAUCUCACAAUUGCAUCAUGUAAGACAAAAAACAACCACUGAAACGUCCAAUUAACACAAAAUAUUCUUGUCCAAACUGCCAUUUUGUAGGAUAGCAGCCAUACCUAAUGAAGAGGCAAGCCAUUGCACUGAGUGUACACUGUACAUGCACAAAGACGAAUGCCUUGAACCCUUCAAGACGAAUCCAGAUGCAGCCGUGCUAAAAUUUUAAUGAAGAACGUUGUUUUCAGCAAGAGCACAAAUGCCAAAAUAAACCAAAUGACUAAAUAGUGAAGACGUGAGCAGUUGUGAACACUGGUGCUGAAAGGCUGUUGACUUGUCCCCUGACCCGUCAUCAUCAUGAAAUCAAACUCCCCAACCAUCAUCUCUUGUGCCAUGAGUCCCACCACUCGUUACUUAUUGCCAAAUAUUUCCAUGGCCUGAGUUUACACAAAACACAGUUAAUUCUCUGUUAUGGAUAUGAAAAUAUGUAAAUAAAAAUAAAUAAGAUGUAACUAAUAAGAUAGUGCUUGAAACCUUUUGACCCCUGGAAACACAAACUAGUGUCCAGUCUGUGUAGGUUUUAUGGAAAACACUGAACCUAACAUUGUGGGUGAUGAACCAUCACCUGAGAAAUCCAAUCCAGCAUGAGCUGCAGGAACCACUAGUUUCAGAUGGCUACAUUCACAGGCCCUAUUUAAAGCACAGUCAAACAAUUUAAAGGCACAUUUAAAAUGCACAUCAACUGUACAAAUAUAAAAAGCUGAGCAUCAGCAGUUUUCUGUAUGUUUUCCUGUAUCACCUAUGAAAUGUUGUAUUUGUUCAGCACUGACUGCUGUUAAAACGCUAAACCAUCUCAGUCCAGGCUUUGUCCCGAUUGUCUCGUAGAUACAUAUCUUCGCUUAUGUUACAGGGUUUUUUGUAUAAUCUAAACUUGCCAGCGCAACAGUUGAUUGUUAGUGCAAAAAGUUAAAGCAAUAAGUGUUUGGGUAUUUGUCUCUCUCCUUUGAAGCUAUUGGGAAUUAGAGCACAUUGCUAUAUACUGGCCUUGACCACUAAAAUUCUGUGUCCUCCACGGUGUUGGCUCAAUGACGACAAAACAGCCUAAUGUGUGUGUGUGUACAAUCUAAAACAACCCAAGGUCCUGAGGAAUUUGUUCAUAAGGUUACAUUGCCAUUAAUUAAAUGUAACAAGAAUUUGUCAUUGUACUGCGCUGUAGAAUCUGUAGUUGAUUGUUUGUAAGUAUAGAAAUUGUUUGUGGAACCAUAAAUGGAAAAAAAACAAAAAAAAAACAAGUGUAAAUGAAUAAUGUUGUAUGUUGUCGAUGAUCCUGUGUAUUUUGUAAAUGAGAAUGAAAUAUAAGUACAUAUGUCAAUGGUAAAUACUGGUUAUGAAUCAUAGUUAGCCUAAAUGUGACAAUAGCAGUUUUGUUUAAAGGUGUGUGAGAUUUUUUCUUAUCUUUUCUCCUUGGUGAUUGUUGGGUUUGCACUCUGAUGUGCAGCUGAGCCCUUUGGAAUCAUAAUGAAUAACAAACAACCAUAACAAAUAAACAAGUGGAAAGAAUUAUAAUUAAAA